AUGGCCGAAUUCGUUAGAGCACAAAUUUUCGGUACUACCUUUGAGAUCACUUCGAGGUACUCGGACCUGCAACCCGUUGGUAUGGGAGCCUUCGGUCUCGUUUGCUCCGCCCGUGACCAACUGACCAACCAGAAUGUUGCCGUCAAGAAGAUUAUGAAGCCCUUCAGCACUCCUGUUCUCGCCAAGCGCACAUACCGUGAGCUCAAGCUGCUCAAGCAUCUCAGACACGAAAACGUCAUUUCUCUCAGCGAUAUCUUCAUUUCUCCUCUCGAGGAUAUCUACUUUGUCACAGAGCUUCUUGGCACCGACUUGCACAGGCUGCUCACCUCCAGGCCUCUCGAGAAGCAGUUCAUUCAGUACUUCCUUUACCAGAUCAUGCGCGGUCUGAAAUACGUCCACUCUGCCGGUGUGGUUCACCGUGAUUUGAAGCCCAGCAAUAUCCUCGUCAACGAGAACUGUGACUUGAAGAUUUGCGACUUCGGUCUCGCCCGUAUUCAGGAUCCCCAGAUGACUGGAUAUGUCUCGACGAGAUACUACCGUGCCCCCGAGAUCAUGCUCACGUGGCAAAAAUACGAUGUUGAGGUCGACAUUUGGAGUGCUGGAUGCAUCUUUGCCGAAAUGCUCGAGGGCAAGCCUCUGUUUCCCGGCAAGGACCACGUCAAUCAGUUUUCCAUCAUCACCGAGCUUCUGGGCACUCCUCCCGACGAUGUCAUCAACGGCAUUGCCAGUGAAAAUACCCUUCGAUUCGUCAAGUCCCUGCCCAAGCGCGAGAGACAACCACUGAAGAAUAAGUUCAAGAACGCCGACCCCUCCGCCAUUGAUCUCUUGGAGAGAAUGCUGGUCUUUGAUCCCAAGAAGCGGAUAACGGCGACCGAGGCGCUCUCACACGACUAUCUUGCUCCUUAUCACGACCCCUCUGACGAACCCGUUGCCGAGGAGAAGUUCGACUGGAGUUUCAACGAUGCUGACCUACCCGUGGACACAUGGAAGAUUAUGAUGUACUCCGAGAUACUCGAUUACCACAAUGUGGAUGCGUCCGCGCAACAGAUGGAAGAGCAGUUCAACGCACAAUAG